AUGGUUCACUUGAUCUACAAGCUUGAUGGUACUGACAAGCGUGUCAUCGACAGAUUUGAGAAAGAACUUGGGUGCUUGACAAGCUCAAGGCUGGGUGGGAAUGUGGUAAUACCAUUGACACUGCCUUGUGAAAGUUUGAGACCACCAAGUAUUACUGCACCGCGUUGUUCUGCUUGCAAGCAAUUGAGAAGAAGAUGUCCUUCAGAUUGUAUAUUUUUGCCAUAUUUUCCUCCAAAUAAUCCUCAAAGAUUUUCUUUUGUUCACAGAAUCUAUGGUGCUAGUAAUGUCGGAAAGAUGCUACAGCAAGUCGAAGAGCAACAACGAGCUGAUGUAGCGGAUUCCUUGUACUACGAAGCUUAUUAUCGGAUUAAGAGUCCGGUUUAUGGGUGUAUUGGAAUUAUCAGCAUUUUACAUCAAGAAAUCUACCAUUUAGAAUGUGAAUUAGCUAAAGUACAAGCUGAAAUUAGCCUUGUCAAAGCUGAUCAGGCACAAACAGAAGCACAAUUAGCACAAGGACAACAAGGGCAACAAGUUGAAAUUUCACCAAGAAUAAUAUCUGCAAACUCGUUGGAUGAUCAUAAUGGGGUUUAUUCAGCAUUAUCAUCAUCAUCUUUUGAUCUUUCUAGUACUCCUUGGUUUUACUAG